CGCUCCGCAGGCAGUGGCGUCGAGUGCCGAGCUCCGAGCCGAGCACGGCGCUGGGGGAGAGGCGGCGGCGCAGGCUCCGUGGGCGACAUGAGUUUGGCCGGGGGCCGGGCCCCCCGGAAGACCGCCGGGAACCGGCUUUCUGGGCUCCUGGAGGCGGAGGAGGAAGAUGAAUUCUAUCAGACGACUUAUGGGGGUUUCACCGAGGAGUCGGGAGAUGAUGAAUAUCAAGGGGACCAGUCAGACACAGAGGAUGAGGUGGAUUCCGACUUUGACAUUGAUGAAGGGGAUGAACCAUCCAGCGAUGGAGAAGUGGAAGAGCCCAGAAGGAAGCGCCGAGUGGUUACCAAAGCCUAUAAGGAGCCUCUCAAGAGCUUGAGGCCUCGGAAGGUCAGCACCCCAGCCAGCAGCUCUCAGAAGGCCCGAGAGGAGAAGGCGCUGCUGCCGCUAGAGCUGCAGGAUGAUGGCUCUGACAGUCGCAAGUCCAUGCGUCAGUCUACAGCUGAGCAUACCCGACAAACGUUCCUUCGGGUCCAGGAGAGACAAGGCCAGUCACGGCGGCGGAAGGGACCCCACUGUGAGCGGCCACUGACCCAGGAAGAGCUCCUCAGGGAGGCCAAGAUCACAGAAGAGCUCAACUUACGGUCACUGGAGACAUACGAAAGGCUUGAGGCUGACAAGAAGAAGCAGGUUCACAAGAAGCGCAAGUGCCCUGGGCCCAUAAUCACCUAUCAUUCAGUGACAGUACCACUUAUUGGGGAGCUGGGCCCCAAGGAAGAGAAUGUCGAUGUAGAAGGCUCUUCGUGGUUUGUCUCUGUUUUUUCCUCCAGACUUGAUCCCGCUCCCACAGCUUCUACACUGACUCCCCAUGCUGGCACUGGACCCCCUGCUCGCUGCUCACGUACCUUCAUCACUUUUAGUGAUGAUGCGACAUUUGAGGAAUGGUUCCCCCAAGGACGGCCCCCGAAGAUCCCUGUUCGGGAGGUCUGCCCAGUGACCCACCGUCCAGCUCUGUACCGAGACCCUGUUACAGACAUACCCUACGCCACUGCUCGGGCCUUCAAGAUCAUCCGUGAGGCCUAUAAGAAGUACAUCACUGCGCAUGGACUGCCGCCCACUGCCUCGGCCCUGGGCCCUGGACCCCCACCUGCUGAGCCCCUCCCUGGCUCUGGGCCCCGAGCGUUGCGCCAGAAAAUUGUCAUCAAAUGAAGCGAUACCUAGAUCCUAGAAACCACUGUUCUGCCCUGACCUGGAGUUCCUGCCUCUCCCUGACCUCUCUCUGCAACUCCCCUUUUGUCAUCUUUGAUGUUUGCCCAAUCCUCUUUCUGCAUCUUUUCCCCUAGUUGCUACGGGUUUUGUUGUAUGUUUUUUUUUUAACCUAAUAAAAUAGAUUGCUUCUGUC